AUGUUAUUCACCUGGACGACACUUCUUUUGGCUCUGGCUGUGCUAGCGAACGCUGUUCCGCUUGGACUCGUACAAAUCGCCUGUGCACGAAAUCCGAAACCCGCUUUUUGCGACUCUCAUAUUCUAGGUUUACCUAACGGUGGCCUUCCAUCAACAACCAGCACAACGACAUCUAAACCUAUAGAACUCCCAGAAUACAGCGGAAACGAUGAGGACUUUGUUCGUUGGCUUAACGACCAAAACGAUGAGCUGGAGGUCACCGUUGACGAACGCGAAAGUAAUCAAGCAAAACAUGCUGACAAGAAAGAAUACUGUGCCAAAUACAAGGCUAAUUUUGGUAAUUACUGCAAGAACGGAAUAGAAGGAAAAUUGGAAGGUGUUCUACCGCAAUUCUGUGCCCUCUACGUUCAACAGUGCGGAGAAAGUACAAGCGAAUUUCCGAGACCUGGUCCUCUUCUCAAGGCGAAGAAAGGAACCGCUGAGGCACCAGUCAAAGCUGCUGAUCCACCUACUCAAGUUGUUGGUCCCCUACCUACUCAUGCCGCUUCCGAAGCAGCGAAAUCUGCCGAAACAGCGGGUUUCAAAGGUGGCGUGCUCAUGUACUGCGAAAAGUUCGCCGAUCAAUUCAAGCACUUCUGUGAAGGAGCACAACGGUCGGAGUUUGGGAAAGCCAAUGAAUUCUGCGCAUCCUACCGUGACAGCUGCAAAAUGUCAGAACCGUCACCAACCUCGAAAAUACCAGCAGAUUUGGGAAAACCAGAAUCGUCAGCAGCUGGUGGAGCUACAGAAUCUACGGAAGAAACUGAGGAAACUAAUCCGAAACCUUUGAGAGGUCCACCGGCAGCUCCAGUUCCGGAAUCCACGCCCGUCCCGAAAGUUCCAGAAUCCCCGAAAACGUCGAGUGGAAAGCCCGGAAGCACUGAAGACUCCGAGGAAUUACCUGAUUCAGCCGAGAUUGGAGCGGGUUCACAGAGCAGUGCCGAACAGGAGAAACAGGACAAAGAGCACGAAAAGGACCCGAAAGUACAGAAGUACUGCGAAGACUUCUCUGAGAAUUACAAUUUCUACUGUGCCGGUGACCAGUCAACUGGACACGAGAAAUUCUGCCGAUCAUUCCGCACCAAUUGUCCGCAUAAGCUGAGCUCGUAG